AUGGGCAAACAAGACACCGACAACAAUCGCACACCAAAUAAAUGGACCAACGAGAAAUACGUUGGGGCAUCCCUUCUUAACUCACGAAGAUAUGGUCUACACCCUAACAUUGAUGGAAAGGCUAGAACCAAAAGUGGCAACCAGAAGAAUCAGAUGUGGUUUUAUGGAUGGAGCCCACAAAAAGCCAACAACAAGAAGACCACGGAAGGUUUGGCAAGGGAGCCGGUCAAACAAAUGAACGACAAGAAGAAUCAAAUGUGGUUUUAUGGAUGGGGCCCGGAAAAAGUCAACAACGAGAAGACCACGAAAGGUUUGGCAAGGGAGCCGGUCAAACAAAUGAACCACAAGGAGAACCAAAUGUGGUUUUAUGGAUGGAGCCCGCAGAAAGCCAACAAUGAGAAGACCACGGAAGUUUUGGCAAGGGAGCCGGUAAAACAAAUGAACGACAAGAAGAAUCAAAUGUGGUUUUAUGAAUGGGGCCCGGAAAAAGUCAACAACGAGAAGACCACGAAAGGUUUGGCAAGGGAGCCGGUCAAACAAAUGAACGGCAAGGAGAACCAAAUGUGGUUUUAUGGAUGGAGCCCGCAGAAAGUUGACAAUGAGAAGACCACGGAAGUUUUGGCAAGGGAGCCGGUCAAACAAAUGAACAACAAAAAGAAUCAAAUGUGGUUUUAUGGAUGGGGUCCGGUACAAAUCAGCAACGACGACGGUGCACGUGAGUCGGCCGUGCGGGAUUUGGCAGAAGAUGAUGGUCACCAAGGAGAGAGCCACAUCCAUGGAGAAUCUAGUGUGUCAAACAUCAUCUUCUUUGAAGAGUCCCUUAAACCAGGAUCCACGAUCGCACCCUACAUCCAACCAUCAGCUACAUCGGGCGCUCCCUUGCUGCAACGUGACGUUGCCAACACCAUACCCAUGUCCACGGGGAACUUGACCGACAUCCUGGCGAUGUUCGCACCGGUGUCGCACGCCAUGGCCAAGGACGUAUGGAUGAUGCUGGAUCUGUGCGAGCGCCCGAGCCUAGUCAAGGGCGAGAAGAAGACGUGCGCUAACUCCGUGGAGUCAAUGGUAGAGUUCGCCGCGUACGUGCUCACCGGAGGCAACACACGUGGCCUCCGGGCUUUCUCGUCCCCCGACGUGCCAGCAGAGGGUGUGACGUCGGGCAGGAAGUAUAAGGUGGUGGCGGCGCGGAGGGCCACGGAGUCUAGCGAGACCAUGACAUGCCACGGGAUGAGCUUCCCCUUCGUGUUGUUCAUGUGCCACGCGGUGAACCCUACCAGGACGUACGAGGUGACGCUGGAGAGCGAGGACCUCACGUCGACCAUGGUUUCGCUUGCCGUGUGCCACCUUGACACGUCGGAGUUCGACCCCAAGAAGAUGCCUGGGCACGCCAAGCCAGGGGACGCUCCGGCUUGCCACUUCAUCCCCAGGGACAGCGUCCUCUGGGCUCCGGUUGCGCCCGCCGCCUCCGCCGCUGCUUAACUACGUAUAUCUGUGAAAAAAUAACUACGUAGGGCGCAUGCAUGCAUGCAUGGCUCCUGCC